AUGGAGCGCAAAGAGAAUCAAUCUCCUCUGAGGCAGGUGUCUUCCGAAACUAAAUUGUUUCGUUCUUUUUCUUUUUGGGUGGAUUUAAUGUCUUGCAACAAUUCGCGAAACGCAGACGAAACGGCUAGCAUAUUAGUGGAAUUUUUGGAGGUAGCAAUUACAUCAAUUGUGAGCAUCAAAGGAGUAUACCCUAGCGGUGCAUUUGAAAGACGAAGGUACAUGAAUGUCGUGGUUCAAAGAGCUAAGCAUCCUCAGCUUAGAGAUUACAUUCACUCUGCUGUUUCUUCUCUCCUUCCUUUUAUCCAAAAGGGAUUGGUUGAGAGGGUGGCAGUGAUCUUUUUGAACAAUGAUAACAUUCCAGUGGAAAGAUUUAUAUUCAAGCUCGCAGUUAAUCAGGCUUAUGGACUGAAUGUGGAAGAGAGUGGGUUGGAAUUUUCUCUGAGAUCAUUCUUGAAGAAACUCUCUGUCUCAGCGCCUCUUACCAGGAUUCUCCCACGCGAUUGCAGGUGGGAGAUAACAGCCUACUUUAGCUCCAUUCCUGAGGUUGGUACGAGCAAGGAUGCAGAGUUGUGGAUCCCCACCGACACAAAGCAAUGGCAACAACCUCCAUUGUUGACCCCAAUCAAGUCCAUGAGUAGUGAGCCUUUGUGUCUGCAAUUGUACUUGGAACAUCCGAAUCUAUCUCAAGGCAUUCUUAACCACUAGAUUUUUAUCACGGUUGUACCACUUAGCUCGUUUCUGUGUCGUACAAGAAUUAUAGACUUACAUAGCUCAAAGGCAUGCUUGAAAGGAUAUAAGUGUAGCUAUGACAAAGUUGUAUAUGAAGAUCAUCAUUAGCAUUUCUAUAUUGAAGGAGAAGUACAAAGCUGUUUUCUCUAACUUGGUGGCUCGCCAAAUUGACAUUUCUAACAUUUCGAGAACAAGACAGCUAAAGAGUUAGACUCCUUUCUUCUGGGCUGCAGAAAAUGUUUUUAUCAACUUAAUUUAGUCACUUCCAGUUGCCUCCAUCCUUUCCAGAAUCAACCACCAACAUUUGUGACAGACCCACCAUAACCUUUAUAAGCAAGCGUCAAUUUGGAUUCAAGAAAACAUUAGUGUUGAUA